CCACCUCUCAGCGUCAAUGUCGUCCUCAUGGCCAUGGCAGACGCUCUGCCCACGCACGCCCGAGGCGACGAAUCAUCCGAUCUUGCGUCAUCCUACGAGGUCAUCGCCUUGCUCGUCCAUGCAUAUUUCGCCGCUCUCGAUUUCAGGCUCUGCGGCUUUGACGAAGAUAAGCAAAUGCACACUCACCAACACGUUGAUGUAGCUGAAUGCGCUUCUCUCGCCCCUCGUCUGCCACCCCAGUGGAACAACGGCUUCGGCUCUCUAUCCUUCGUCUACAAGCACAAGCAGUCCUCCAUGACAUUUGUCGUCCGCGUCGAUCGCAUGGGCUCAAAGGUCGAGAUUCGGGGCCUCGCUGUCGGCGCCGAGAACAUCCAUCGUUUCGAGUACACCGUUCGAGACAUUGUCCAAGCUUCUAAUCUGCCCCUACGCAUCCCCCUCGAUGCCCGCGGAAACGAAGACCGGAGCAACCUCCCCGAUAAGCUAAAGAAGCUCUUUACUUCAGACGGCGCCAUCGAGCGCAUCUUAAACGACACUAGAGUACAAAUCGUGCAGAAGUUGAUCCCAAGGCUGCAAAGGGAGGGCUACGUCGAGACCGAGGAUGCCGAAGCAAAUGCCAGAGGCGAGAGACGCGCGCAGGAGGCUCGCGGCGAUCCCAGCCUUCAUCCCUGGGGACCCAGACCCCCAAUCGGCCCCAGUCCAGGACAGAUGCCAGGACAGAUGCCCUAUCCUCAUCCUGGACUGCUGCCUGAUAACGCUCGUCGACGACCUCCGCCCGCUGAUUUCCCUCCUCCUGACUUUGAAGACGAGCACCAAAUCAACAGCCCUCCUGGCCGUGUCAUGGGCGGGCUGAGGAUGCCUCCGAGCUACAUUGGCCACGACGACCUCAACCCUCCUGGCCUUGGGCCUCACGAUCCGUUGCGAGGCUCAUUCGUAGGCGGAGGUCUCCCCCGCCCAGGCGGCUUCUCAGGAAUGCACCCUACGUUUGACGAUCCGCUAUUCACGGGCGAAGGCGGGUGGGGAGGAGAUGGUCCGCACGGAGCCGGCUACAACCCGCAGGCUCCUCCAGGGGCUAGAUGGGACCCGGUUAAUCCUGGUGAAGGGCCGAGAUUUCCUGGUUCUGGAGGACGAGGUGGUAAUAGGGGAGGAUAUAACGGAGGAAGAGGAGGAUUCGGCGGCUAUGGUGGAGGCUUUGGAGGUGACAUUAUCUAA